AUGAAGUUCACCCUCUUCCUCCUCGCCGCCGCCGCAGCCCUCACCUCCGCGCUCCCAACCGCAACAAUCACCCCAACCGCCACCAACGUUUGCGCCACAACCUGCCCCACCGUCACCUCCACCAUCCACCCAGGCUACCGCUGCGACGCCGGCUCCACCGAGACGCACGGCUGCCCCGUCGCCCGCUGCGCCGAGCCAACCACCACCAUCACCACCGCCACAACCCUCAUCCUACCCUGCUCCACCAGCAUCAUCACCACCACCGGCGGCUGCACCGUCCCGCAGAGCUGUGUAGGGAAGUUCCCGACCACCGUGACGGUCACGGGCGGCCUCGAGAACGGGUACCCGUGUCCGACGACGUGCCCGAUUCUGUGCCCGCUGCCCACGAUCACGCAGAGUUACUUGUUGGGCGGUGGGUGCGCGACUACGGCUUAUUAG